UCUGAUUGGACGAGCUCUCCCCACCCCCUUCCCUCCAGUGACCCGUCCUGAGGUUCGUCCCGUCAGUUCCUGGACAUCAUGGCCGUGCUGCUCCGUAGACUUGUCAGUCACUGCCGCCGGGGAUGGCCGCUGUCGGCUCAGAGCACCCGCUGGUCUUCCGCGGUGCCGGUGGACGACGCUGUGAACGGGCUCAGUGAAGAGCAGAGACAGCUCCGCCACACCCUGCACAGGUUUCUUCAGGAACAUCUGACCCCUAAAGCACAAGAAAUAGACGAGCAGAAUGAGUUCAAGGACAUGAAGAACUUUUGGAAGAAGCUUGGAGACCUCGGAGUCCUGGGUAUCACCGCUCCUGUGGAGUAUGGUGGAUCUGCCAUGGGUUACCUGGAGCACGUCUUGGUAGUGGAGGAAAUCUCACGUGUGUCAGCGGCGGUUGGCCUCAGCUAUGGAGCCCACUCCAAUCUCUGCGUCAACCAGCUAGUGAGAAAUGGAAAUGAAGCCCAGAAAGAAAAAUAUCUUCCUAAGCUGAUCAGUGGGGAACACAUAGGAGCACUUGCCAUGAGUGAACCAAAUUCUGGCUCUGAUGUCGUAUCCAUGAGGUUGAAGGCAGAGAAGAAAAGCGACUACUAUGUCCUGAACGGCAAUAAGUUUUGGAUUACUAAUGGACCUGACGCUGAUGUGCUCAUCGUCUACGCAAAGACUGACUCCGAUAUAAAGCCGGCAGCGCACGGAAUUUCUGCUUUUAUCGUGGAGAAGGGCACACCAGGAUUUAGCACGGCCCAGAAACUUGACAAGUUGGGCAUGAGAGGCUCAAACACAUGUGAGCUCGUAUUUGAAGACUGCAAGAUCCCAGAAAAGAACAUGCUUGGGCACAUUGGUAAAGGCGUGUAUGUACUGAUGAGCGGUCUGGACUAUGAGAGGCUGGUGCUCAGCGGAGGCCCACUGGGCAUCAUGCAGGCUGUUUUGGACAAUGCAGUCCCCUAUCUACACACAAGAGAAGCCUUCGGUCAAAAAAUUGGAUAUUUCCAGCUCAUGCAAGGAAAGAUGGCCGACAUGUAUACACGUCUGACGGCAUGUCGUCAGUACGUCUAUAAUGUAGCCCGAGCGUGUGACAAGGGACACUCCAGUGCCAAGGAUUGUGCUGGCGUUAUCCUUUACAGUGCUGAAUGUGCGACUCAGGUGGCUCUGGACGGUAUCCAGUGUCUAGGAGGCAAUGGCUAUAUAAAUGAUUACCCGAUGGGUCGCUUCCUUCGUGAUGCUAAGCUUUAUGAAAUAGGGGCUGGUACUAGUGAGGUGCGGAGAAUUAUCAUCGGCAGAGCCUUCAAUGCUUUGUACAAGUAAGCUGCUGUCCGUGAGAGGUCAGGAAAGGCGUAAUCACACCACUUCCACAGCAAGGCAAACCUCAGAACUCGAGUCACAAAAAUCUUUCGGGAACCAGGUGGAUGAAGAAUGUUCUGCAGUUAACGGUCACCUCACAGCGACACUACAGUAAUGUACUCAGGUGCUUUGUGUAUGUCACGUCCCCGUUUUAGGUAUGUGAAUGUGUAUUUUUAUCUGGAGACUUGUAGCCCUGAUUGCUACCAUCGGUAAUGGGGUCACCCUUGGAGUUUUUGUAUGUUGUUUGCUCCAGGAACAAAUAAAGCAUAAAUCAUCUGUG